GCGACGAGGGGGGGGGGCUGAAGACCUCCCGCGGACGGCUGAAAGCUUUUGGGGGGUGUCAGAGGUAAUUAACAGCUUUGGUCUUACCUGGCUGCCCUCAGAGAGGCCUGACACGCGCCGAGACCCAGGUGGAGCGGGACAUUUUAAUUAACCUCAUCCACGGCACAUUUCCCCCCCCCCUCCCCGGAGAAAAAUGAGCGAAGACUGUUAGGUUAGGCAAAGCAGAGCAGGUCAUCAUUCAACUCUGUGUGAGGAGACAACACCACCACAGAGAAUGGUUAUAAGAGAGAUAUUCCUAUAUCUUUUGCUUGGUCAGCUCUUCAUAGCUGGUGUUAUCUCUGCAUGUGUUCCUGUCCAGUGUCUGAGAUGUAACGUCACAGGAGGGACUCUAGAUCCUUGUCAGCCCUGCCUGAACAUUAUGUGCAUAAAUGACAGAGUAUAUGCAAAUAUGUCAUCAAACUGCAAAAAAGCCUUUCAGGUUUCUAUCACCAGCACUGGAUCUGAUGCAAAUGAGGGUGAUGACAUCACUCUAACAUGUGUCCAUGACCUUCCCAAAUUGAAUCUGACGCUUGAGUGGAAGAAGGACGAGGAGGAAAUCAAGCAAAACCACAACGAAAGCAAGCUGGCUCUCACUAGAGUGCGUCGGUCUCAUGCAGGCCAGUACAUCUGCUAUGUCAAUAGCUCGUGUGGCAAUUACGAGUCUUUGCCACAUAAAGUCACUGUAAACGACAACAGUGAGGUCAUCCUGGUGAUCUGUGGGGUUUCAGCUUUUGCGGUGGUCCUGAUUAUGGCUCUGGCAAUGAAGAUCAAGCUGAGAAGAGACAACGCUAAACACAGAGAGAGGAUGGAACAGAGGGCACAGGGUGGGAAGAUUGGCGGUCCGGCUCCAUUCAUGCCAAGGGAAUCGUAAAUAAGAAACUAUCGCAUUCAAAAUGAAUCAAUACCGAUGAUGUUUCAUUACCUGCUAUUGUAGUAUUUGAUAUAGAAAUAAAACCUCUUCAAUCCCUGUCCU